AAGUGUAGUACCCUCCCCUCUCCAGACGCUGUUCCUAGGUGCCUAGCUGCAGUUCAAGCCUCCACUGGCCAAGACAGUCCAAGCAUCAUCACCAACACCGCCGAACGAAUCAAGCCUCCAGACGCCAACCUAUCCCUCCAAAUUCCACGACCGAGAACACAGUAAUCGGGUAACUUCACCAACUUCGCCCUUGCCUGAAGCCGAACAUAUCUGAUUCCAUCACAACUAAACAUCAACCCCUCCUAAUCACCAGAACGCGGGACCCUCACACCGCCGCCACCCACCAACCCACCACCCAAGAUCACAAUGUCCAUCAUCCAGCAACACACGCAAGCAACGCUCAGCGACGCCUGGCGCACCAUCAACAUUGACGCUCUCACCGAAGACUCGUCGGUCAACUUUGACGUGUCGACGCUGCACCCUCCCCUUCCGGAAAUCAGCGAGGCCGACGCGCGCGCCAUCAACGGCCAGGUGCGACAGCUGCUCAGGGGCGGCGACGCCGAGGGUGCUUUGCGCGGAUGUCUCGAGAUGCCCGUCUACGCCGGGUCCGAAGCGGCCAAGGAGACGCACCUGCACACGGUCAUCGAGGUGCUGCAGAGCAUCAAGGCGAGCGAGAUGACGCCCAUGUUGCAGCGCAUUUACGGACAGCCAGGGGGGAGCGAGUGUUUGGAUGUUUUGAUCAAGUAUUUGUACAAAGGCAUGGGCGCCACGUCCGCCUCCUCCGAUGGCUCUGGCAGGACGACGCCCGCUCGCGCCAUGACUCCCCAGGCUACCGGUUUCAGCCAAGUCAGCCAGCGCCCUAUGGCCGCGAACGAGUCGACCGGUUCGGCUAUGAGUGUUUUGUUGAGCUGGCAUGAGAAGGUUGUCGAGGUUGCUGGGUUGGGUUGCAUAGGCCGCGUCAUGACUGACUUCCGGAGGGUAUAAGGAGGUUAAGCAGGGGGGCAAGAGAAAGCUGGUUGUCGAGUUGAAGCGAUGCGAUGCGGUUCCGAGCGAGAUAUACGCCAUCAUACAGCAAUAAUACAUAACGCAUUACACAUCAAACUGGCUGUAUUUUGGGUUGAUGUCUGCGGUUGACGAGCAGUGAGAGGGUCAGGAGGCAUGCUUGGGCUAUUCUCGGCCUCAGGCCGGCUUGUCUUGUUUACAUACCCCUGACCUUGUAAACAAUUGUCACUCUGGUGGAAUUGGCAACAAUAUCAUGUUGCCGCCAGCAAAUGCUUGUGCCGCCUUUACGGUGCUGUUGGCUUCAAGAUAUAGGGAAGCAGCUGAGUCAGGGUACUGGGACCAAC